AUGUUUACUCGAACAACUCUUGGACUAGGCAGAGGAUCUGGUAUGAGUGGUGGCUUUGGUCGUAGUAGUCAACCAGAAAUGACCAUCACAGUUCCUUGGUCACCAGACUUUAGCAGUUCUUAUCAACAAUUUAUUAGUGGUGGUUAUGCAAACCAAGCUGGUAGAGGUAUGUCAAUGGGAGGAAUGGGUGGUAUGGGAAGCUUAGGAGGCAUGGGCGGCAUGGGAAGCUUAGGAGGAAUGGGUGGUAUGGGAGGCAUGGGAAGUAUGGGAGGACUUGGUGGUUAUGGUGGUUCUCCAAUGAGCGGUAAUCUUGGCAGUUUCGGUGGUGGAUUCGGUGGUAAUUCAAUGAAUAUGGGUGGUGGUGGUGGACAACAAUUACGUGGUACUCCUAUUGGAUUCGGUGUAACAACAGGUUAUUAA